AAACCUGCGCAUAGGAGUGAACAGGCCGUGCAGCAAACUAAUCGCUUCAGAUUGCCAUUGAAAGUCAGAUUUUGCGUAGCUCGAAACUCAGGGUGGACAGCGUGAGUAGCACCCCUUUCCCUUCCCAAUCGCUCCGUCAGGGUUUGGCGUUUGGGUUGAGCGCGAUCUCGAGUCGAGCCAGUCAGCUGGCCUCCAUGUUGUAAAACAGCCUUGAGCUGCGAGAGACGCAAAUAGGCAGAUAGAGAGGACUGAAAGGAGCAGCGCACCUUCACCCCGAGAGAAGAACGCACCACUGCUCUCGUUCGGACGGUCGGAAUUACAGGUGCCCGCAAAAUGUCGUCGCCGAGCGCAGGAAAGCGUCGCAUGGACACGGAUGUCAUCAAGCUGAUUGAGAGCAAGCAUGAAGUCACCAUCCUGGGGGGCCUGAACGAGUUCUGCGUCAAGUUCUAUGGCACCAGGGGCACUCCGUACGAAGGCGGAGUGUGGAAGGUCAGGGUCCACCUGCCAGAGCAGUACCCUUUCAAGUCGCCAUCAAUCGGGUUCAUGAAUAAGGUUUACCACCCAAACAUCGACGAAGUGUCUGGAACGGUGUGCUUGGACGUUAUAAAUCAGGCGUGGACGGCGCUGUACGACCUGUCCAACAUAUUCGAGUCGUUCCUACCGCAGCUACUGACCUAUCCAAACCCAAUCGAUCCCCUGAAUGGGGACGCCGCUGCCAUGUACCUGCACAAGCCCGAGGAGUACAAGAAAAAGGUGCAGGAGUAUGUGCGGAAGUACGCGACCGAGGAGGCGCUGCGUGAGCAGGAGCAAAAAGCGGUCAGUUCGGACAGUGAGUCGUCGUUGUCUGACUUCAGCGAGGACGAGGCGCAAGACAUGGAGUUGUAGCCGAUUUUGUGCUCCUUCACAGACUUGUUCGAGCGCCCAACGAACUGAUCUCCCCCGCAAUCAAUCUCACACACACGCCCCUGUUGAUAUAAAUGAUGAUGGAUAAAAUUACAACAAAUAAUUAUAUAUUAUUAACGAUAAAGUUGUUGACACUCUCUUGAGCAACUGUUAGCACUUCCAGCGAGGCGUCCACGGGCCACGGAUCUGCGGUUUUAGUUCUAUUGCCAGAAUUUGUAGUCGAUUUGGAAUAUAAAUUGUGUAUGGGCCAGAUUGGCCUCGGAUCGAUAGAAAAUUGAAAUUCAAUUUGCUGAAAGAUGUUAAAUCUCUCAAAUUGCCAUGUUGUUUAAAUUUAAACUCGAGCAAUAGUAGAUAAUUUUUGAACGGGCUCAGAAAAAUAGGACAACUCUUUUGAUCAAAAAAUAUUUUCUCGAAAAAGGAAAACAACAAUAAUUUUUGGCGACACCUUUUGCGAUUUUCAACCAUUUUUCAACUUGUGCCACCCAUUUUUUCUGAUAUAGUCAACUCAGUCAGUCUCCGUCAGCCCCUGCAGCAAAACACAAAAUGUACAUAGCAUGGUUUUAAUUACAUAAAUUUAUUAUUCUAUGCAACUACAUAGCAUAUAUUAUUAUAUUAAUUACUGAGCUCUAAUUAUGUACUACCAUUGCAGCGUGACACGAGAGAAUUAACAGCAACUCACUUCUUCUUGCUUUGCACGCCCGCGCGACUCGAUUAUUCCGAGUCCAUAUAUUAAUCAAUUAAUCUCUUUUUUUGUCAUGGAUGUCUCAACUUGAAUUGAAACACGCGAGAAUCGAAACAAAAACAAAUUUAGAAACCGAAGUGGAGAAUAGACAAAAUAAUGUUUAUAUUUUGUAAAAGAGUUAGGCCAACUGUAGCGCAGUAACGAUUUUAAAUCCACGUUGUGUGCCGGCUCAUGGAAAUAAUGAAAUGAUUAUAUUUGAAUUUUAAAAGAAGUAAGUGUCUGUCUAGGUGAUGACUCAAGUCCAAAAAUUUUCAACAUCUGCAUGUGAAUUAGGCUUAAAGCGGCUUUAAGGAAGAAAAUAAUGUGGAAAUCGAUAUUAGAGAGAAAUAACUAAGAAGAUAUUUUUGCCCCCUUGUCAUUUGACUGUGUUUAUGUAAAACGAUUUUUAUUUUCAACUUCUAAACUCUUUACCUUCCGCAACUGUGUUUGCAAAAAUUUGAGAAUAACAUCAUUGGUUCUGUAAUAAAUAUAUUAAUAAUUAUCAUUCGAUUGGU